AUGGCGCAGGUGACACUCAAUAGCUUUUGGGAAUCGUCUGCUGUUAGCAGAAACAAACGAAAAAGUAGAGAUGAUGAUGAAAUAGACAGCUCGUCUGAAACAAGAAAACAUACUAAAACAUCAUCGGCACAAUAUCCAAAAACUUUUCAACAGAAAUGGCUGUCAGAAUUCGAUUGGCUGCGAAAAGAAGAUUCCGGUAUGUUCUGUUCCCUAUGUAAGGAAAUGCCGCACUGUAAAUUUUCACCGUUUUGUAAAGGAACCAAAAAUUUUCAGAGAUCAGCGCUUGUGCAACAUCAGCAGUCAAAAGAUCAUCUACUAUCGAUUCAGACAAAACGACAAAAGGUGUACAUGAACGCUGCCAAAACAUGCUUGAAAAAGAAUUAUCAGCCUAUACUCGAGGCUCAACUGAAGACGGCACUGUGGCUGGCCAAGGAGAACAUUGCUAACCGCAAGUUUAUAAGCUUAGUAGAUCUGCAGAUUUCAAAUGGAUCAACAGUAGUUCAAAAGAGUUCCGCGGGAAGGAGUUCAACUUCAUCAAGUGGGAUUUAUACAAAUCAUCAGGCACCUAGUGAUAUGCAAAGAGCACUGGCAGACGUGUUGAGAGAAUUGACCAUUGUCCGAGUGAGAGAUAGUCCAUUUGUUGGUCUUAUGGUAGAUGAAUCCAUGGAUAUUGCCACAAAUAAAAAACUUAUUAUGUUUUGUAAAAUUGUACAUGCUGGUCAAAUCAAAAUAGAGUUCUGUGCAAAUGUAACUGUAAGUGAUGGAAAAGCAGAUACAAUAUAUAAUGCUAUUGUAAAUUGGAUGGACGAUGUUGGCAUUAGCUUCAAGAACAUUUCUGGAUUUGGAAGUGACGGAGCAGCAGUGAUGACUGGUAGACUUUCAGGUGUUGGAGUGAAGUUAAGGGCACAGAAUCCUCACAUAAUUCAUGUAUGGUGUGCAGCACAUAGGUUGUCUUUGGUGGCAUAUUGGGCUGCUAAGAAAGUUCCAUACUUAAGAAAAGUACAGGAGCUGUUAAUAGCAAUUUGA